CCUUCUUUGCUGGCAGGUCAAAUUUGUACCAUUCUUGAACUGCAGUGACAGUCCAUCCACACAACAUCAUUCUGGUGUCCUCUGGUGACCUUUGAACCCACACGACAUCAAAUUUCUAUCUACCAUUGUUGCGUGUUAUCCAUUAAACUUACCUGCUUUUUGACUCGAGCACAAACAGACUCCCACUCUUCCUCAGAAGCUAUGUAUGGAAGAGGCCUGGGUUUCCAAGCAACCGAGUGAUAAUCAGGAGGAUAAGGGCCUGAUGUGAGCAUGGUGCAGCAGGGCGCACUUAGUGAUCUGCCAACCUGAGCGAACCAGGACCAGUGAUGGAAAUGCAAAUGGAUUCUAUUUUUAUGUCGCUUUCGGAUGCAGGUAGGAGAUGAUCUGCCAGCUGAGGCUGGAGUAAUGGAGCUGUUUACCACGGUGAAGGCCUCUCCGUCAGAGGCUUAUUUUUCCUGAUCUGUGAAAUUCUGAUUUAAUUCGAUUCGAAUAAUAAUUUAGGAAGAAGUGAAUCAAAUGAUCGUCUUAAAUGACCACUGAUGUGUCCCUGCCGACGCACCGAUCACUGUGGCCCUCAGCAGGAAGCUGUGCUGCGCCUCCAGGCCUUCGUGCGUCAGGUGCUCUCGUUAAUAAAUGACAGAUUUGGAGAGGCAUGCGGGGGGUUCACAGCUGACUGACUGCUCCGCGCACAGUCCCGUUUAAGUCUCCAAGCAUGGCGAGGUGAAGGUCACUGAGAUCAGGAAUCAUGAGUGGGCUUUUCGCCCUCUUGACAUUUCUCGCCCUUAGUUCUUCAGACGCGAAGCCCCACGCUGGGUUGAAGACGUGGGGCCGCUUCAGCAAGCUGCCCUACCCCGGAGACAAGGCUUUCCUCUACGAUACCUUCCCCAGCGACUUCAUGUGGGCGGUGGGCACGGCGGCGUACCAAGUGGAGGGGGCGUUCGAGAAGGACGGUAAGGGGCUCUCCAUCUGGGACACCUUUACGCGCGGCGGGAACCGCAUGGCCACCGGGGACGUGGGCAGCGACAGCUAUCACAACAUCCACGCUGACAUCAGAGCGAUCCGCCAGCUCGGGGUGACCCACUACCGGUUCUCCCUCUCCUGGUCCAGAAUCUUCCCAAACGGGACGCGCGGAAGCUACAACGAAAUCGGCACCAACUACUACCGGACGCUCAUCAAGAGGCUGAAGGAGAUCCGCGUCCAGCCGGUGGUCACCCUCUACCACUGGGACCUACCCGAACACCUCCAGCAGAGCCUGGGCGGCUGGAGCAACCCGGAGAUGGUGGAGAUUUUUAAGGACUAUUCUGAUUUCUGUUUCCAUGCGUUUGGGAAUGACGUGAAGUACUGGAUCACCAUCGAUAACCCGUUUGUGGUUGCGCAGCACGGAUACGGAACCGGGGUGGUCGCUCCCGGGAUAAAGAAUGACCCCGAUCUCCCAUUUCGGGUUGGACACAACUUGCUCAAGGCUCAUGCAGCUGCGUGGCAUCUCUACAACCGCCGCUAUCGGCCUCGGCAGCAGGGAAAGCUCUCCAUGGCGCUGGCCUCUCACUGGAUCAAGCCCCGCCGAACCCGCCUGGAGAGCCUGCGGGAGUGCCAGUGCUCCCUGGACCACGUCCUGGGCUGGUUCGCCCGGCCGCUGUUUGCAGACGGAGACUACCCUCCCUGCAUGAGGGAGCGGCUCGGCUCGCGCCUGCCGUCCUUCACCCAGGAGGAGAGAGAGCAGGUGAGGGGAACCGCUGACUUCUUCGCCCUGUCCCACGGGGCUACGCUGAGCUUCCAGCUCAUCAACGACAGCCUGAAGUUUGGGCAGCUGGAGGACCUGGACCUGAGGAUGCUUCUCUACUGGAUCAAUGCAGAGUAUGACAAACCACCCAUCUUUGUGGUGCAGAGUGGUUGGUACGUCCUUGGAAACACGAAGACAGAAGACCCCAAACACAUGUACUACCUCAAGAGGUUCAUAGCAGAGGCGCUUAAAUCGAUCAUCAUAGAUAGAGUGAACGUGAUCGGAUACACAGCCUGGUCCCUUACUGACGGCUUUGAGUGGCACAGAGAAUAUGGGAUUCGCCGUGGACUGUACUACGUCGACUUCAACACUCCUGACAUGAAGAGGGAGCCAAAGACAUCCGCUACCUUCUACAGAAACGUCAUCCAUAAGAAUGGAUUCCCUGAACUUCCAGAGAACAGACCAGCACAAGGAAUGUUCCCGUGUGAUUUUGCAUGGGGUGUAUCGGCCAACUCCAUCCAGGUGGAGACAACUCCCACCCAGUUUGCAGAUCCCAAUGUUUACCUGUGGAACAUUUCCAACAACGGAGAGCUGAUCAAGCUGGAGGGCUUGAGUGCGCCACCUUUACACCGAGCCACACAUUGUGCUGAUUAUGCCACAAUCCGCCAGCAGGUGGAUGAAAUCAGGCAGGUGGGGGUAAACCACUUCCACUUUUCCCUCAACUGGUCUGCUCUGGUGCCCACAGGUGACGUGGCUUAUCCCAACACCACCCUGCUGGGAUAUUACCGCUGCUUUACCCGUCAGCUGGUGCAGGCCAACGUCACACCUGUGGUCACCCUUUGGCACCACACGCGGCAGCGCAGCAACCUGCCAACCCCGCUCGACACUGCCAACGGGUGGCUCAACAGUAAGACACCAAAGGCCUUUGCAGACUAUGCCAGGCUUUGCUACAGAGAAAUGGGGGCCCAUGUAAAGAUGUGGAUCACCUUGAAUGAACCCAAUGAUGAGAUGGUGAGCUAUCAGGAGGGCCACCAGAUGCUGCUGGCUCAUGCUCUGGCCUGGCGCGCCUACGACCAGGAGUUCAGACAAACGCAAAGAGGACAGGUGUCUCUGGCUCUGCACAUGGACUGGGUGGAGCCGGCAUUUUCCUUCAGCCGAGAGGACGUGGAGCCGGCGAAAAGGGUUUUGGAUUUCUGCGUCGGCUGGCUGGCCGAGCCGAUCUUCGGCAGUGGCGAUUAUCCUGUGGGAAUGAGGAGCUGGCUGCGACAGCUCAACUCUCUUGAAUUGCCUGUUUUCAACGAGGAGCACAGACAGCUGGUCAGAGGCACGUAUGACUUUUUCGCUAUGAGUCACUUCAGUACCAAGCUUGUGACUCACGCCAAGGAAGACUCAUACACUUACACAGAGAUGCUUGAGGUUCAGCACAUGAUAGACACAACAUGGAUCAUGUCACCCAGGCCCGUCGUGCCCUGGGGGCUGAGGAAGGCUCUAAACUGGGUAAAGCAGCACUACAGCGAUGUACCCAUCUAUGUAAUGGCUAACGGAGUCCAGGAAGACCCAGCCCGUUUCAAAGACUCCCUGCGAGUUUAUUACCUCUAUAACUACAUUAACGAGGCACUUAAAGCAUUUACUCUGGAUGGUGUCAACCUGAAGGGUUACUUUGCCUACGCCCUGAACGACCAAAGAGACCCGGGGUUCGGCCUUUACGGUCAGGUCCACGAGGAGGUCAUCGUCAAGGCCUCCCUUUCCAACUAUCGCAACAUCAUCCAGCACAACGGGUUCCCGAUUCCCGGAGCGUCUCCACAGCAGUGUCCCGCGCCGCCACAGCCCUGCCCCGGCUGCCACAUCCUCAUCAGGAGGCCCGUCGUGGGCUUCUUGACUCUAGUGGGCUCAGGAGUUCUGAUUACGCUGGGCCUCAUCAUUUACUACACCACCAAGAGGCACAGGGAGUAUUACUGAGGAAGGGAUGCAGACCAGGCUGCCGGUUCAACAGUUCUUAUGUAACGUUAGGAUGUGACUAUAACUGAAUCAAUUCUACCUCCAAGAAACAAACACGAAACAUAACCAUCGAUGUAUAGAAAAAUUACUCGUACACCAUCAGAAAAAGAGACGCAUCUAAACGAAUGUUUGCUUCGUUUUAAAAUACGAGAUGUAGUUUUUGUCUCUUUGUGACGGUUAGGUAUUGUUUUAUAGGCAUGGGCCCUUAUAUAAUCCACACAGGCGAGUAAAAACAUCAGUUUCCAUGAUUUUUAUCAACAUUUUUAAAAAAAGGUUUAAUACAUAUAAUUGUUUUUAUAUGAAACAGAAAAGGAAUUUUCCUAAAGUUAUAUAAUAUAUUGUACUUAUUCAUGGCUGCUAGGAUUUUCACGCAUAAACAGAAAAAAUGUAGAAUAAACACUACAGUUUAUUCAAGUGACUGAAUGAGCUAUUAUAGCUUUUUGGCAUUUGGCUCUAUGGAGUAAUACAAAUUAACAAGCUGAUGUUAAAUAGAACAGACUUAAUAGGAGCAUCGUCACAGCAUGAUGCUGCCACCACGUUUUACUGUAGAGACGGUGUGUUAGGGUAGCAUUUAGGUCAAACACUUGACCUUUGGAACAUCCUUUACAUGUGUGCUGUAUCCUCUGUAUGGCUUGCAACAAACUGCAGAUUGGACAAUUUAUGGCUCUUUUUUUUUGUUAGCAGUAGUAAGUCUUUGCUCACAAACUGUAAUUUUAAAACCUUUUCCUCCUAACAUGGGUGAUUGUGUAGAGCUCCUUCAGUUUUCACACCAUAACUGGUCAUUUUCUAAGCAAUGGGACACAUUGAUAUAGGUACUUGGCCCAUACCUAUUUGUUAGGCUUUUGGUGCUUACAUAUUUGUCUUAAAUUGUAAUUUAUUAGUUAUUUAAGCGAUGUCUCAAAGACCUAUAGACCCUGUUGUCAGACAUGCUAUGA